UGCAAUCAUUGUUGAAAGUACGUGGACAUAUAUAUGUAUAGUAAGUAGUAUAAUGCUAACUGAAGUGAUAUUAUUUGUUAAUUGGAAUUAAUCUUCCCAUUGGAUCCAUUACAAUGUACCACCAACACACAUUUAGCUCAGAUUUUACUUCGCCGCCCACACGUGCCGGUUUUGUCAAGCAUGUGAUUAACUCUUGCCCUCUUGAUCCAAAACGAAUGACUUUACUCAUGGAGAGCGAAUCACAUGCGCCAUUUAAAUCAUCCAGCUGUCGACCGCGGAAGAAUUUUUCACCACGGUCCACAGCGGCUGUAUGAGCUGAAGAUGGCGGACGAGGACAAUAUUCUUGUUGGAGCCUGUUCUAGCACUCCAGAUAUGGACGAACCAGCCUCUAAAAGACCGAAAAUAAGCAUGGCAAUUGAAUGUGGGCUUAAAAUCGUUCAGACAGAACAAGUGAUUUGCGGAGCAGAGGCUGGUGAGCGUUGGGCGGAGGUGGCUCUUGCGCGUCCAGAGGAGAGGGGGGUUGAGCCGGUGAUGGCGGUAGAGCAGGCCCCAGCAGCAUUACAAGGCGCAGACAAUGGGCAAAUGGUCCUGGACCCUCACGGAAGAGUCGUAAAAGUGGACAAAACAUCAGUAGAUGGACUAGCUGAGGAGCAAGCAGAACCUCUUGGUCAAGACGGGGCUCUUUUUCCCAACGGGCAUGCUACCUCCGACUGUGCCAACGAGGAUGAUGACAGGUCCUCCCAUGCAAGCUCCAGUGAUUGGACCCCGCAACCUCAAAUAGGGUCCUACAGUUUUAUUCAGCAACACAUCAUGAGAGAAACUGAUCCAAGAACCAUUCUCAAAGACCUGCUUCCUGAGACCGUGCUUCCUCCCGACCUGGAUGACAUGACUCUAUGGCAAAUCAUCAUCAACAUCUCAGAACCUCCUAAAAGAAAGAAGCGCAAAGAUAUUAACACACUGGAGGACGUGGUCAGGUUACUUCAUGAAAGCAAAAAGAUCCUAGUGCUUACUGGAGCUGGGGUGUCUGUUUCAUGUGGUAUACCAGACUUCCGGUCAAGGGAUGGUAUUUAUGCAAGACUUGCCGUUGACUUCCCUGAUCUUCCAGACCCUCAAGCAAUGUUUGAUAUAGAGUACUUUAGAAGAGACCCAAGACCUUUCUUUAAGUUUGCCAAGGAGAUCUACCCAGGACAGUUCCAGCCAUCACCCUGUCACAAGUUUAUAUCUAUGCUGGAUAAGCAGGGGAAGCUUCUACGAAACUACACUCAGAACAUUGACACCCUGGAACAAGUGGCUGGUGUUCAAAGAAUUAUUCAGUGUCAUGGGUCUUUUGCAACAGCAUCCUGUCUAGUUUGUAAACACAAAGUUGAUUGUGAGGCCGUAAGAGAAGACAUCUUUAAUCAGGUUGUCCCUCAUUGUCCACGGUGUCCUGACAUCCCUCUGGCAAUCAUGAAACCUGAUAUUGUCUUCUUUGGAGAGAAUCUUCCAGAGUUCUUUCACAGAGCAAUGAAGCAAGACAAAGAUGAAGUAGAUCUCCUUAUUGUGAUAGGGUCCUCACUUAAAGUGCGACCUGUUGCACUCAUCCCAAACUCCAUUCCUCAUGAAGUGCCUCAAAUCCUGAUCAAUAGGGAGCAGCUGCCUCACCUCAACUUCGAUGUGGAGCUUCUCGGCGACUGUGAUGUCAUCAUCAAUGAGCUCUGUCACCGACUAGCAGGAGACUUUGAACAACUGCGCUACAACACCUUAAGACUCAAUGAGAUUACGGAGAAACCCCCUCGAUUACCCACCUCCACAGAGCAACCACUUUGUGAGGCCUUGCCUUCUACACACAGUGAGCAGAUAGAGGAACAGAAGCAACCAAAUACAGAAGUCAAGUCCUCAGAAGACAGUGGAACACAUAGUGGCAAAGACGUUCUUGAACUAUCACCAGGAGUAUCACCAGGACCCUGUCCAAAAGCCCAGAGUCUUAAGGCUGACACGCUAGGCAGGUCAGAGUCACAGACAGUAGAUCCACAACCAGAAGAAGUGGAACAACAAGAGGGACUAAAUGACCAAAACCUUAACCGUGAAAUUCACAGACGAUGCUGGAUGAGUCGAGUCAGUCGCAGUCCAAUCAGCAAGCGCCUUGAGAAAAGUCAAUAUUUAUUUCAAGCACCAAAUCACUACAUCUUCCACGGGGCUGAAGUGUGCUCCGACUCUGAAGAUGAGACAUCUAGUUCCUGUGGAAGUGAUAGUGAGGAUUCCUGCUGCAGUGCUGAUGGGAUGGAGGAUGAGGACGAGGACGAGGAUGAGGAUGAGGACAGUGAGGCUGAGGAGCCAAGUAUGCCAGCAGUGGAGGGAGAGGGCUGCCACAGAGACACACUGCCACACAAGCAAGCCAAUAAGGACACCUUAAGCGUGCAGACAAACAGUACAGCUGAAAACGUUAAGAGCACCACAAACCUUUAAAAUGGAAAUACCAUGUCCACAAAGCACUAAUUGUCUUUUUAUAUGUUUUGUAUGCUUUUUGAACCCCCAUCCCUCCUUUUCAUUUUUCAUAAAGAUGAAAUUGAGUGACAACACUCCCCAUGGGCAGAAAGUAAUUGCUUGGAUAAAUUCUGUUGUCUCCUGAUGGUUUGAUUGGUAAAGGUCCUUGUUUUACCAGGAAAUGAGUUCAAGUUCAACUCCAUGAGCCUGGCCAAUUCAUGUUAAGAACGGCAACCAAAACCAAAGAACACCAUCUAUACAGAAAGAACAUUAUUCUCUUAAAUAAUCUGACUGUCUUUCAGUCACUUAAACACAUAAUUGUAAAAAAUAUAUUUAACAGUGGCAUUGUUUUCUUUAUGAUAUUGGCAGCUACUUUUUACAGUAAUGUCUUGUUUUUUUUUAUACUUUGUAACCUGUGGGACAUAUUCACUGAGGAGUAAGUGAGGGUUUUCUAAAUCAAAAUAAGCCUUAGAACUAUACUGAUGAAUUUAUUGUGUAAGAAAUGGCACCUUUUUCUUUUCACACCCCUAGACUGCAUGGCAGAGUUUAGUUCUCAUUAACUUUCUAGGGAGUUGGGUGUGACUGAUCUAAGAUUAUUUACCAUCCACCACAUUGAGAGGAGUUUUCAGGCCCUAGUAUCUUAAGCGUAAUACGAUUUAGAACUCAUCUCUGUGUUUUAGGGUGAGCUAAAUUUAGUGUUUUAAUCAUUUACAUCAGAACACAUUUAAAUGACAUUAUAAGUGAUCUUUGUCUGUGUUGUAAUGGAAUUAGAGACGACUACUUUCUGGUGUGUGUGUGUGUCUCAAAGUCUAUUUGUAAGUAAAAUUAUGUAAUUG